CCACCCAGGCGCCCUGUUAAUCGAAGAUUUAUUUCAGCAAUACUCCCAAUCCUGUGGAAGCUUCGUGUCUCGUUGACAUUUUGAAAGACGCUCUUUUUGAAGCAUGUAUCAUUGAAGAUGUGAUUUUCUAAGCUUGGGAAUUAUUUUAUAGUGUGUGCUCCAGGAAUUUCAUUUGCACAAGAUGUGAAAUAGGAAUGUGUAUUUCACAGGUCUUAAAGGUCCUUGGAGGAAGAAAAAAAAAAGGUGAAAUAUAUUGAAAAUUUAUCACUGCUUUUAUCUUGGCAGGUUUUUGAGAACGGAAUCUUUGUAGCAUUAUCAGAAAUUGUGUCAUUUACCAACCUCCUAUGUUGUGGCAAACUCAAAUAUUAUAUUUGUUAUAAUUCACUUUUUGGUAUUUUGAAGGAAACAAAAAUUCUCAUAGGAAUCACGAUUUCAUUUAUUUGAGUUUUUCUAAUAUUCUAAUACUACUCCCCCCUCUCCUCAAUAAGCAGCCUGAGAAUUUUAUUUAUACAAAGAUUUGAAACUUGGGAGGGGGCCGUUAAGUGUAUGCAGCUGGUGAUACAGAUGGCUGUGUGCUUAUACUCUUUAUAUUAAUUUAAAAUGCGUGUCAGGCAAUUUUUUAGGCAGGGCUAAGCUUUCAGUUAAGGAGGGUGAUUGAAGCUUAACCCUAAAGUGCCAGCAGUAAUGCUUCCUGGGCUGGGCAACAGGUGUUUGAGCACAGACAUUACAGUUCGUAUUUCCAAGAAGUGCUUUUCCUGUGCUGGGCAGUUCUAUUUGGACUCGGGGCCUGGGGGUUUAAAAUCAAGGGUGUGUUGAGUUCUUUAUUAGUACCAGCAUUCACCCUCUUCCUCAUCUCUUGCCUGUGUGACCUCAUUCUGCUGCUGCGUCUCCUUCCGUUGCUUUUUCUUGCUCAUCCCCCUCUGCUCAGGUGCCAUACUAGUCAGGAGGGAGUUUCUAAGACUGCUAGAAACAUUCACCGCACAAGGUGUUUCGCCUGACGACUGCUCUGUUUCUCUGGGCGUAUAGUUACUGCUUUCAACCAUGACUUUAUCCUUGUUUUUAAAUUGGAGGUGGAAACUCUGGGAUCAGAGUCGAAGACUUUAUUUAAGUCCUGGGAGACAAGUCAGUAGUGGGUUGUGAUGGAACUGAAAAAGUUCUUAGCCAAGAAUAAGAAUUUCUUUGCCUGAAGUAAAUUCCAAGGUUUGUGCUUCUAGAUAAGGGUUCAGGCAAAGAAAGGGAGGGUGCUUCGCCGGUGGUCAUCCCUGAACAAGAGCUGACGAUGGCAUGUUGAAGGGGGAGGAAAUUUAAAAGUGUUUGUUCUAGAGGUUCCUGGAGAGGCUGCUCUCUAUCAAGUGGAAAGCCCACCGGCCUGAUGACACGAGAGUGGGCUCCACUCCAUGGCCUGGCUAACCUCUUGUGUGGACUUUGCCAGUCGCUUAAUCUCCUGCAAUCAGUUUUGUUAUCUCUCUUAUGGGGGAGUGAGCUGCAUGUUCUUUAAGGUUGUUCUGUCCUACGUGCUUGGUUAUUCGAGGACUCUUGAUAUCUGUGGGUUAGAAGGUGACUGGUUUUAGCCCUUAUGCCUUGUAUCCUCUGCUCUAUCUCCUGAGCCAAGAAUAAGCACACACUAUGUUUACUUUUCUUCCCAUACCUUCCUGGGGUCUGUCUUCCUCCUCACACCCUGCUAGAAGAAGGCAGGAUAAGUCUGCAGACACACACACACACACACCUAUGAGCAGGCAUUGCAACUUCCCCUCUAGUGCACAAUUCCUGGUUUUUCAGGGAAAUGCUGAAAACAAGUGUAGAAUCGCCGAUAUUCUUGAGGCAGAGGCUCUGACUAGAGAGGACCGUUGAGAUGGCCAUUCCGCUAAACUGACCAGUCGGUUUGUUCCGUGAACUGGUCAACUUAAUCCGACUUUCAGUUGAAUGGCUUGUUUUACAGAUGUCCAAGCUAACUCAUCAUCUUAGCCUAGGCAGAACCAGUUAGUACUGAUGUUGAGUUCAGCAAGCAUAAUGUUAGGGAAAAUCAGGGCUCCAAGAACUCUUCCUCUGACUGCACCAUAACAGUUGAUAGAAAGGCCCCCUUCACGUGGUGCGUAUAGUGCAUUAGCCUAAAGACUUCAGGUGAGUAUGCCUUUCACCCCUUGGUUGUUGCAACUCGAGCCACACCUAGUGCCACAGAAAUGUUCUGUGUGUGGCAUAUAAUCAGUUUUGUGCCAGAGGGAGAGCCUUUUUGGACUGCUGCCUCCUACUCCUUCAAAAACAGCAAACAACAUGUUAAUCUUAGGGGAUGUUUGGACAGGGCCUUCAUCUUGUGAUACAGAGAUUCAGGGUCAGAGCCGGAGUCUGGCAAAAUGCAAGUCACCUAUGUUCACUUGGACUGUAGAAGUAGGUAUGAUUUAUGUUAAGAUAUUUUAACUUACAAAGUUGGGAAUUUUCCUUUUUAACUUACACUAAAAAAACACAUGCGCAUGUGUACAUUCAUAUAAAUAUUUUUUAAAAUGCAUGUUCCCUACAGUAAACCUUUUUUGCACCUAAAUAUCUCAAAAUGCUAGUUGUUUUACUGAAAUAAUCCUUUUGCAAUAAUCCAACUGGUUAAUUCAGUUGAAACAGUCUCACGAUGCUACCACGGGCUCCUAAGGGUGCUUGUUGCAUGGAAAUGUCUUUCAUUCAGCUGUUCUAAAAUCACCCGCAGGCUUACUUGGCCACAGAAAUAUUCCUCAUCAUAACAGUGUGCACAUAGUGUGUAGUCUGUUUCCAUAAACACAGUGGAACCACACAUUUCUUACAGUCUAAGCUCACUGUUCUGUAUAGUUCUAUUCAAAUAUUUUAUUAAAAGCAAAAGGUACAGAACUAUAUUAUGAAAAUUGUUUUUAUGGGGCAUUAUGAUGUUACUUCCUCAUUACAGUGUGUUUUGGGGGAAUAAAUCUCUACUGUUCAUUUUUGAGAAAUUAGAAAAUAUGUAAGAAAGCAUUUAAUGAUUUGCUUUCCUAGAGGCUUAUGUCCUGAUAACAAGUCGGACUCCAGUGGAGUCAUUGUAAUUGCUGUUGCAUGAAAUUACUUUUCUCUUCAUAUUGUUUACAGAUGUAUUCUUUCUUGACUUUUCUUCUUUCAGAGAAGAGUUCCAGUCACAAAUGCAUGUGUGAUGCAUUUUGACAUUUACUGCUAAGAUGAAAUGCAGGAAUGAAAACCACACUUCCGUUUUAGUGUUCUCAGAUGUGAUUAGAUAUACUUUAUCAUAUUUUUAUGCUACUGACCUAUAAGGAAAACAGUAUUAAGAAAGGGUAACUGUUAAACGGCUAGGACCUGCAACCUCAGUACUUCUGGGAUGAACUAGACUCUCCCAAGGAGAGAUUGGAUCACGGCAUAUGCGCAGCUCAGCGGAGCCCUCAGCCUAGACUCCCACGCCUCUCCUUUGUCAGCCAUUGUCACCCGAAGCUUUAUCUCCUGCAAUGGCGGACCAGCUUCCCACAGAGUUUGAUGUGGUCAUCAUAGGGACGGGUCUGCCUGAAUCCAUCCUUGCAGCUGCGUGUUCAAGAAGUGGCCAGAGGGUUCUGCAUCUUGAUUCCAGAAGCUACUAUGGAGGAAACUGGGCAAGUUUCAGCUUUUCGGGAUUGCUCUCCUGGUUGAAGGAGUAUCAGCAAAACAGUGCCAUUGCGGAAGAAAGUACUGCCUCGUGGCAAGGCCUGAUCCAUGAAACAGAAGAAGCUGUCACUCUUCGCAAGAAGGACGAAACCAUCCAGCACACGGAAGUGUUUUGUUAUGCCAGUCAGGAUGUGGAUGACGGUGUUGAAGAGAUGGAGGCUCUGCAGAAAAGUCCUUCCUCAGCAACAUCCAGCGCCACCCCUGACCCUCUGCAUUCCGCAUGCUUGCCUGGAGAAACACACUCGUUGCAUGCUGCUAGCUAUGAAACGCCCGCCAAAGACACUCCAAAAAGUGGUGAAGUGUCACUGGAAGUAACUGAUGUCGAGGACACCUUGGCAAAGGAAGAGUACUGUGGAGAUGAAACCCGUACACCCGCAGUUUCAGAUGGAGAUGAAGAUGGAAAGAAGCCGGUAGAGAAAGACAGCACUGACCGACCAAAGAGAAAGAAGAUUACUUACUCUCAAAUAGUUAAAGAAAGCAGGAGGUUUAAUAUUGAUUUGGUAUCAAAGCUGCUAUAUUCUCAAGGAUUGCUAAUUGAUCUCUUAAUCAAAUCAAAUGUUAGUCGUUAUGCAGAAUUUAAAAACGUCACUAGGAUUCUUGCGUUCCGGGAAGGAAAAGUAGAACAGGUGCCUUGUUCCAGAGCAGAUGUCUUUAAUAGCAAAGAACUCACUAUGGUUGAAAAGAGGAUCCUGAUGAAAUUUCUUACGUUUUGUUUAGACUAUGAACAACAUCCUGAUCAAUACCAAGCUUUUGUGCAAUGCUCGUUUUCAGAGUACUUACAAACUAAAAAAUUAACCCCCAACCUCCAACAUUUUGUGCUGCAUUCGAUUGCAAUGACAGAAUCAUCUUGCAGUACCAUAGAUGGCCUUAAAGCAACGAAAAACUUCCUUCGCUGUCUUGGACGGUUUGGCAACACCCCCUUUUUAUUUCCCUUGUAUGGGCAAGGAGAAAUUCCCCAGUGUUUCUGCAGGAUGUGUGCAGUUUUUGGUGGAAUCUAUUGUCUUCGUCACAAAGUCCAAUGCCUGGUAGUUGACAAAGAUUCUGGAAAAUGUAAAGCAAUUAUAGAUCACUUAGGUCAAAGAAUAAAUGCUAAAUACUUUAUUGUGGAGGACAGUUACCUUUCUGAGGAAACCUGCUCAAAUGUGCAGUAUAAGCAGAUCUCCAGGGCAGUGCUCAUUACGGAUCAGUCUAUACUAAAGGCAGAUUCAGAUCAGCAGAUUUCCAUUUUGGUAGUGCCUCCAGUGGAAUCAGGAACAUGUGCCGUUCGUGUCACCGAAUUAUGUUCUUCGACCAUGACGUGCAUGAAAGACACCUAUCUGGUACAUCUGACCUGUUCAUCUUCUAAAACAGCAAGAGAAGACUUAGAGUCAGUAGUGAAGAAAUUAUUCACCCCAUACAGUGAAACAGAAGUAGACCAGGAAGAAUGUACAAAGCCAAGACUCUUGUGGGCUCUUUACUUCAAUAUGAGAGACUCCUCAGGCAUCAGCAGAAGCUCCUAUGAGGGCUUACCUUCCAAUGUUUACGUCUGCUCUGGGCCUGACUGCGCCCUGGGAAGCGAGCAUGCGGUCAAGCAAGCUGAAACGCUUUUCCAGGAGAUGUUUCCCAAUGAAGAAUUCUGCCCCCCGCCUCCAAAUCCGGAAGAUAUUAUCUUUGAUGGUGAUGAUAAGCAACCAGAGGCUCCUGGAGCCAAUAAUAUAAUCAUGGCCAAAGUAGACUCCUCUGAGGGAAGCAAAAACCCAGAAAGCCCAGAGAAGCAACUUCAAAACUAGAGAAGAGCAAACUGGAAAUGCUACACUGGACAUUCAUCCUGGCAUCAGAAUAUUUUCCCUUAAAGGACUCUUUCGUACAUGAUUAAUCAGAACGGGUUAUAUGAUGAUAUAUGCAGAUGUGUUUUAAUUCUGUUUGAGACAUUCAGUUAUUGGAUAUUGUUGUUAUCCUAUCAGUAACUGAUUGAUUAUUGGACAAAGUUGGUUUUAUUUUAGUACUGGGUGUUAUUAGUGAGGGUUCUAUAUUAGCAACUGUGCUUAAAGGGACGUAAUAUGUAUCUGCUAAUGACCUUCAGAUUUUAUUAGUCUAUAAUAACAAUAAUAUGGAAGGAAUAUUUUAGUUACUUUUGUAAUUAUUUUAGUUGCUCCUGCCUCUGAGUAGUUAAACACACACAGUAAAUUAUGUGGGUCUUUUGUAUAUAAUAGAAAUGUACAGACAUGGUAGUAACAAUAGCAACUUCCAUGCAAGUGCCAACUGUUAAAAGAUUAAAUUUGCAUGAUCCUUUACUUGUAAAGGUCUAGUGUUUACAACACAUUGUGCAGUUCAGUUCCCCUACUUAGCCCUUGUAACCAGCAAGGCAGUGCCGCCACCACAAUCUUCUGUAUUACGGAAAGUGGAGGACAGUCCGUCUGAUCAUUGAAGAGGUCAUUCUUGGGAAGUUUGUCCCAAAGGAAAUCUCAGGAUCAGGUUAGUUCUGAUUUACUACUACUUCAGAAAUUUUCUGCAGAGCCCUGUGCUGGGCUAAAAGAAAAGAACUUCAAACAACUAACUUGGGCCAAAAGAAAAAAAAUAUAUAUAUACAUUGCUGCAGGAAAAGGUACCACAGAUUUGAAAUUCCGAAGAGGAGAUGGAGUGAGGCAUUUGGGAUGCCGGUGGUUUUUCAAAGCCGUCUGGAGGUUUCCCGAGGUUUCUUUGUGAGGGUCUGAUACACCACUUUGUGGUGCUGCCACUUGAAUUAGCAGCAGAGUGUGGUGGCUAGGAGUGAAUGGAAGGAGGCUUCACCAUGUCUCCUCCCUUGUGCCCCGCUCACAGUUAGUGAGGUGACCGCCUCCAUGAUCACUUCAGCCUCUCAGCUGUUACCUAGAGAACAAACGUUUUUUCCAGAGCCCUCAGAAGCCAAAGCUGUCGUACUCCACUGGUGAAAACCUGCGGAGUUGUCAGGAGAGCUGAAGUGCCGCCUCCUUCAGUCUCCUGUUUCCAUUCCUCAGAAUGGUCAUGCCUCUAGGAAGAGAGCCCUCCAGAGCCAAUCUGUGUUGUGAAACAGAGCGUCUGCGGUGUGCUAGGCACCUGUGCUUCCUAGUGACAGGGUCGUAACCACCCUGUGAGGCUGAUCCUAUUGAAUACAUUUUUAACGAAGAGGCAAAGAGGGAAAGACAGUUACUAAUACUUCGCCCGGGUCUGGUAUGGGGAAGAGCCAGGGUUGGAAUCCAGGCUGCCCUGAUACGGAAGUCCAUGCAGCGCACUGGGGGAAGCAGAGCCCACGGGCUCUGGCCUCUCAGUCUACUCAGAUCAGGGAGAUGUGAGCGUAGGAUUAGUUAGAAAUAAAGUUAGAGCAGAGGAGCUCAUGGAAGCAGAAUUUGGCUAAAUUUCAACAACAAAGUAAUGCUUUUUAAUAAUGUAUCUUUUGAUCUGAGCAACAUAUUAUAAAAAUAUGCAGAUGAUACUAGGCCCAAAUAAGCUGUGAAUAGUCUUUCAUUGCUCUUGUAUAUAUGAGGAAAAUGAAACAACAAAGACUUAGGUACUUUACAGCUUCCUGAAAAUAGAAGUCAUGAAUUGGUAUUAAUAUUUAUGCAUUUAUUAAUAUGGCAAAGUGGUUCUAUUAGGUAUAGCCUAAGGUUUGAACCUAUCAAAAUAAUUUCACCAUCUAUAAAACAAAUAAUAUUUUGUAGAAUUAGUGUGAAGAUUAAGUUAGGUAAUGUGUUUGAAAUCAUAGCCAAAGGAAUGCCACUAGAUGACAUUAGUAUGGAGAUUUACUACACUUGGACUGCACAUUCCAACUUCUAUCUUAUAUAAUUUGACAGAACUGUGGCAAAUUAGGACAACAGGCAAGGAAAGAUAGAUUUAUCUUUUUAACUUAGGGGAAAGAAGUGAGAGUCUUGCCCUUUAAAUCCUACAGUAACCUUUUCUAAAUACACUUUGAUGCUAAGUAGGAAGUUUAACUAAGACUUAAUAAACCAGUUGAAAGGAAAUAAUUAUGUAGUAAAUACUGGUAGAAAGACUAAUUGGAUGUCAGUGUGAAAAAAAGAAUUAGGCCCACGUUACAUAUGAUAAGACGGUUCAUUCCAUAGGAGUUAAAAUGUUGAUUAUAAAGGUGAAAAUAAAAAGACUACAAUUCUCAUCCCAGUAGUACAAAAGAUACUUCAUGGCACUGAAAAGUAUCACUAGCAGGGUAGGUGAGGUCAACUAAAGAAAAAUGAAAAAUGGCACUAAGGAAGAAGACAAAAAAGAGAUUGGAUUUUUAAAAAGCUACUUACAUUACACAUGGAUAAAAUGCUUAAUAUUUUUUAAAAAGUAGAUGCAAAACCAUAAAGCUUCUAUUCUUUACUAAGUACGUUUAUGAAAGGAUAGAGUACAAAUGACACAAAUAAAAGACGAUUCUUAGAAUUGAUAUUCAGGUUUCCUAGCACUAAAAAUGCAAAUUGAAACAAUUUUGACCUGGUUUAUGCUAUUAUAUUAGCAAAUCAUUUUAAAAUUCAUGUGUCUUCAUACCAGUAGCAUGAUUAGUAAUUUUUAAAAGAACUAUUUAGAUCAAAAGCUCUGUAACCAAUCUAUUUUUGGCUAGACCAAGUCACUUUGAACAGCAUAUGCCUAGGAAAAUAUUUAAAAGAAAAAUAAGCUACUUGUACAAAGAUACUUCUAGCAAUUCCAUUCAUACACAUUUAAAAAAAAAAAGUCUAGCAUUUGGGAAAUGGAUAAGUAAAUUUUGAUGUAUUGCUAUUGUAGACUGUUACGUAGUCAUUAACGGAUAUUGAUCUAUGUAAAAUUUUAUGAAAAAUGUUAAAUGAGAUUCAAAAAUGUUAAAACAUUAUUUUAUGUACAGAUUAUGUUUGUGUAAAAAUUUAGGUGUCUACAUCAAAAAGAAUCAGGAAAACGUACUUAAUUGGAGUUUAACAUUAAGGGGUUCUUUUUUUCUGUAAAAUGUUUAUGUGUAUGAUACAAAUAAAAGAAUAAUUGGUAAAAUGGUUAUUGAAUUGA